AUGGCCAAUAACGAAACAAAAAAUGUAUUUGGACGAGUGAGCAAAGGAACAAUUACCAAUAUAAAAGGAAAUACUAUUGCUAUGGAUAGUCAUGCUAUUCAAGGUAUAACAUGGAAUGAUCAUUUGUUAACACAAAUAUUUGGUAAUGGUACCGUCAACACCAACAAUGUAAACAAUACCCCACAAAAACUACCUUCAUAUCUAUUCGUCAAUGAUUUGGCACACUUGAAGGAGAACGUUCAGUUUUAUUUUCUGUGGGGAGAUAAUACAGAUAAUCAUACAAAAACCAUUGAGGGCUGGCCGCAUCAACGAUAUUUGGAUUUAUAUUUUAAUCUUUUUUUUUUUGAUGAAGAAGAAGUAUAA